GGUUGUUCUUGUUUUAGAAAUUCGAUAUAUAAUGAUAACACGUUCUCGUGUUCCUCGUCAAAAGAGUGUCUCAGUUAGUACAAUCUUCAGGUGUCUUUUGGUUUUGAUCAAACGAUCUAUUAAAUUCUCUUAGCCAACCUUUUCAAUCUCUUUUCUUCUAAUUCUACUCAAGAAAACAGUGUGUUAAAAAGUACUUCUUCCCUUGAUAGGUUUCACUUAGUUUUUUUAUAAUAAUAAAUAAAAUCAAGAAUCAGAGAUGGUGAGAACACCAUGUUGCAAAGAAGAAGGAAUCAAGAAAGGAGCCUGGACUCCUGAAGAAGAUCAAAAGCUUAUUGCUUAUAUUCAACGACAUGGUGAAGGUGGAUGGCGUACUCUCCCGGAAAAAGCUGGGUUGAAGAGAUGUGGGAAGAGUUGUAGACUGAGAUGGGCUAAUUAUCUAAGACCCGAUAUCAAGAGAGGAGAGUUUACUCCUGAAGAAGACGACACUAUAAUCAAACUUCAUGCUCUUAAGGGUAACAAGUGGGCGGCAAUAGCAACUCACUUGGCUGGACGAACUGACAAUGAGAUUAAAAACUAUUGGAACACAAAUCUUAAAAAGCGUUUAAAACAAAAAGGUCUUGAUCCAACCACUCACCAACCGAUAGAUUCAACCGACCAAACCGGUUUCGGACAAGAAAAACCUAAACUCACUUCAUCCAGUUCAGCAAGGCUUCUUAACCGUGUCGCAAGCAAAUACGCGGUCGACCUAAACCGGGAUUUACUAACCGGGAUCAUCAUAGGAAACUCCACAAUCAUUGCCGAAGAUUCACAAAACUCUGGCCAUGUCUACUCCCCGACUGAAAACUCGACCAACACAGCGCCAAACUCAAGAUCUCUCUCAUCGGUUCUGAUGAACAAUACGUCGACAUUUUCCGGUUUAUCCGACAAGUGUUCUUUCUCUGAACUCUUUAGCAACGAAGAGAUAUCCGACAUGUAUAUGAAUGUCGAUAAUGUUGGUCUUAUGGAAGAGUUAAAGGGUAUGUUAAGCUACGACAAUGUCAGCGCAGGAGAUAUUAAGGACUCGCCGGAUGUUAACGUAGCUGAUGAGAUGGAGAUUCUUGAUUCUUGGAACGUAGAAGAUGAUCUUGAUUUGGAGAAGUUUGUGAGUUCGUUAGAUUCCAAGAUUGGUGUCUUUGUUUGAUGAGUCAAGAGCAAAAUCAAUUGCAAGUUGGUUUUUCUCUUUGAUCGAUAUCAGUGAUGGUUUGAUGUACGUGACAGGAAUAAUGAGAUGUUGUAAUAAGUUUUUUUUUGGUUAACAUAACUGCUGUAAUAAGUUUUUUUUUU